AUGUACUAUUCCUCAUCAUUGGCAAUAUCGUCGCCCAAGUGGCCGCAGUUCACAGUUCACUACAGUAAUUCUAAUGCCUCAAGCAACCUUGCAGGUGAAAAUGAAAUGGAGGUUGAAAAAAGCCGUUCGAGUUUCGCUUUUGUUAAAUUGCUUGUAUUAAACCAGCAACGAAGCGUGAUCCUGGUGGCAUUCGGUAUACAGGCUGCGAAAGCUUUAAAAUUAGUUCGACUCGUAAUCAUUAUGGUAGUGGUUGUUGGAUGUCGGCGGGAAGAUGGGAAAGAACACAUUCGGGAUGAGCCAAAGAAAUUGUUUAUCCCAUAA